GUAUACCAACUAAUAAACGUCAAACUGAUUUGUUUUUAUUUUGGAUUUUCCCAUAAGAGGAAAAAAGUCCUUCAGACUCCUUGAAAAUUUAAUUUUGAGUGAAUUGAAAGUGCAAUUAAAUGCCAAGAAGUGGGAUGAAUUGUGACUUGCGGGCAAGAUGAUUCCGUGGGUACGUGAAAAAUUUGCCGAAAGACGUGCAAGGUGGCUUGCAUCGCGGAAACGUGAGGAGAGUGGCAGCAAUCCUGGAUCUGGGGAUAAACAGUGUGACAAUAAGAGUGGGCUGAGCGAUGCAUUGGACAGCCAGGAGGCAUCAGCUGUGGAUUCCAGGCACAGUGUCUACGUGGAGACGAGUGAUUGUCUCCAUUUGCGUAUCCUCACGACACGAGGGGUGAGUGUGGUGGUGGUGGUGCCACCCGAGGCAACGGGGAGUGCUGUGAAGAAGGAAGCCCUGAAGCAGUUGGCACUGGAAGCUCAUCCACUACCCUUCUAUGCUGCCAAUUUGGACAGUGUUCUGCACAGAUAUAAGCUCGUACGCACGCGACAUCGCACAAUGCUCCAUUCGCAUGAGACAGUGGAGAAGGCGGGACUCGUGGAGGGUGAGGAGCUCCUCCUGCUCACCAAGAGAUCCUCACCCACACGUGCACCCCCAGAGAGUGUCAAAGGACCCACAUUGGCGGAAGUUGUGGCCGCCACGAAGGAUCUUCCCGCCACACAGCCCAGCCCACCGGCUGUCAACAUUUACGACAUGGUGCUACAGACGGAUCUGCAGUACGACAUCCGCAAGAUACUCAUCUCACUGGCACAGAGUUCGGCCUAUGUGAUCGGAGCGGGUCCCUUUGCGGAUCGUCUCAUUGAGAUUCUCAAGCAGAGGCUCCUCAAUCGACGACGCCACGAAGCUAGUGCCCUUGAGAGUCUCCUGGCCAUGGGAUUUGCUCCAGCACGUGUCCAUCAGGCGCUAAAGCUAAAAAACAAUGUCUACCCUGCGGCAUUGGAGUGGUUGAUUGAGAAUCCCAGCUUGUCAGGGCAGAAUUCCAUGGAGGCCCCCGUUUCCCCGCCAGCUGUGGCUUCAUUCAGCCUCGAAAGGGGGAAGUUCAGUUCACGAAGGGAUAAAAUUGAAAUUCUCCUGGAAAUUGUACGUCUGCACGCGCAACGGGAUCUCCCAGCACCACCGGAAACGGUUACGAAGAUCAUUGAGAUGGGCUUUCCGGAAGCAGAGGUGCGUGAGGCGCUAAAGAGGACGCAGAACAAUCAAGCAGCUGCAUGUGAAUGGCUCGUUGGUAGUCGUAGCCGUAGCUUGACGGACUUGCGAGACGGGCUACCGACGGAUUCGCCAGUCCUGCAGGCUCUCCUCACAUCGCCUCAAGUACAAAUAAGUCUGGGAAAUCCUAAAAUGUUUGUGGCCUACCUCUCAAUGCUGGACAAUUACUCAUCAAUGAGUAUGUGGCUGAGUGAUACAGACACUUCGGGCGUGUUGGGGCACAUCCUGCGUACGUAUCACGAAGAGAAGCACAUUGUUGCCAUUAAUCAGUUCAGCAAUCUCAUCUGAGUGAGCUGCAGUGUGAAGAAUGUCAAUUAAAAAGCGCCCCCAUUCGCCCCUCAUCAAUCCGGGACGUGCAAUUGCGGCAAUAUUCUUUCCGGUGAGUCUUCUAUUCUUUUAAAACGUCCUCCCGCGCAAAUGCUUCAAAUUCCCAGCAUGGAAAUUCUAGUCUAAAGAACAUAGAAUCACAAGCUAAAAGGAACCAAAGAUGAAAGCUAUAAAAUGCAUCCUAUUUGUCCCGUAAAGAAAAGAAGAAAAUUGUUAGAAACUCUUUUAGGCAAUAAGAAAUUUAAAAAAAAAAAGAAAAAUAUUGUUAGAAUAAAAGAAAAAUUAUCACAAAAUGCUUAAAAAAAAAGUCGGUUGUGCAACGAAUAAAUUCCUCCCUCUCUCCAAGAACUUUCUUCUGCCACGGACAGAUGCGCAAAAAUGAGAAUUCAUGGAAAGAAGAUGAAAAGAUUUAAUGAAGAUGAUGAGUUUUCUUAAUAAAAAGUGGAAACAGUUUUUUAAA